GUUCGGAAGAAAAACAAUAGCGUAUUUGAGAAUGGGAUUCACAGAAAGUGAAAUGAAGAUGAAGAAAUCGGUGCUUCUAAAUAAAUUGACACCUCCGAAAGAGAAAACCAGGAUGGAAGUGAGUCUGGAAGAUGCACUGGAUUUAGCAGGCGCUGGUAAAUACCAAGUGUUCCACUGCGCCCUGAUGCUUACAACUCUGUCGUCGGCCGUCAUAGAGAUGAUCGGCAAUGCGUUCAUCCUGCCCGCGGCUGCCUGCGAUCUCGAGCUGCCGGACACGCUCAAAGGAAUUCUUAUUUCCAUGCCUAACAUAGGUGUGAUCCUAACCGCUCCAUUCUGGGGCCGCGCAGCCGAUAAUUUCGGCCGGAAGCCUGUGCUGCUUGGUUCGGCAGCGGCCUCGGGCGCCAUCGGCUUCGCCGCUGCCUUCAUGCCAAACCUGAUUACAUUCGCGCUCUGCAAAUUUGCUGCGUCACUGUUUCUUGCCUGUCCAUCAUCUCUAGGCUGGGCGUACGCCAGUGAGCUCGUGCCUUGUCGCCGCAGAGACCUCGCCCUGCUCGUCAUUAAUGGCUUCCUCACCACGUCCUCGACACUUAGUCCAUUGCUUGCCUGGGGCAUCCUUCCCCUGAACCUGCCUGCCGCAGUCAACAUCCGACCCUGGCGCCUUCUCACAGCCGCCUACGCGUUCCCCCUACUCCUCGUGGCUCUGUGGCUGACCCUGGCCAAGGAGAGCCCUAAGUUCCUGAUGACCAAAGGCCGGCAGGAACAGGCCUUGGCUGUGCUCAGCCACGUCUACUCCGUGAAUACUGGGGCGCCAUCUGAUAUGUAUCCGGUAACAUCCAUCAAAAAGUGCGGUCACAGAAAGGACUCGUCAUCAGAAGAAGGCUCCAGUUGUGAGCUGGCACCGACGCCAAAUAAUACGACAGUCUGGGCCUUGCUGCGGCCUCCUCAUCUCAAGUGGCUGGCUCUGUCUGGGUUCCUCAUGUUCGGCCUCUUCUCAUUGUUAAACGGGCUGUUCUUGUUCGCCCCAGACACCAUCAACAAAGUUAUGCAAGGUGCUGCCGAAGAAGAAGGUACCCUGUGCCUGCUGAUGAACCAGUCUGACAAUCAGACAUCAUCCUUGACCUGCGUGGACAGCAUAUCUGAAAACACCUUCAUCAUAAUGGCGGUGACCACCGCUGUCUACGGCGCUGCCGUGAUGGCGGUGAGCCUGCUGCCAAUAUCCAAGAAGAAUCUCUUGGUCGGCAUGUUUUUGUGCGUGGGAGUUACGUGUAUGUUGGCGGGACUGUUGAAGAAUAGGACGGCAGCAGGGGUGUUGAUGUCGGCUCUUCAGAUCACUGCCCUUGGCAUUGGUCCCCUGACGGCAUAUGCAGUGCAAUUGUUCCCGACUAGUUUGAGGGGCACAGCGGUAGGGGCAGUCCUGAUGUGCGGGCGGCUCGGCUCGGUGAUCGGCGCCAGCGCGGCCGGUGCGCUACUUGCAGCAGCAUGCGCAGCCACCUUCCACGGAUUCACUGCCUUACUCUUCCUGUGUGCAGCUCUAAGCCUCCUCCUACCAGGUGCGCAAAAAUCUCCCCCCAGUGCCGCCCAGUCUGAAGCCGAAGGUUGACCGUCGCGACAUCUAGAGUGGAUGUUAAAAAUACUUCACAG